GGGGGUCGAACAGCACCCUUAGCCGGGACCGGCGCGGAGCCGCGCUCCCUCCUCUCGGUGCCGCCGCCGCUCCGGGUAUGGGUGCGGAGCGGGGCGGCGGAGCGGAGCUGCCGUGCGGCUCUGAGCGCGCGUGGGGGCGGCCCUCGGGGGGUUCCCGGCCCAUGGCCUUCAUGAUGAUAAAGAAGAAGAAGUUCAAGUUCCGCGUGGAGCUGGAGCUGGACGAGCUUUCCUCCGUGCCGUUCGUUAACGGCAUCCUCUUCUGCAAGGUGCGGCUGCUGGACGGCGGCAGCUUCAGCGGGGAGUCCUCCCGGGAGGUGGUGCAGGCAAACUGUGUCCGCUGGAAGAAAAAAUUCAUUUUCAUGUGUAAAAUCAGUGCCAAUGCCACAACAGGGGUUCUGGAUACUUGUAUCUGCAGAGUGUCUGUGCGGAAGGAGUUAAAAGGAGGAAAAGCAUUUGCAAAGCUGGGCUUUGCAGACCUAAAUCUAGCAGAGUUUGCUGGGUCAGGAAAUACCACUCGUCGCUGUUUAUUAGAAGGCUAUGAUACCAAAAAUACAAGACAGGAUAACUCCAUUCUCAAAGUGUUGAUCAACAUGCAGCUCAUGUCUGGAGACCCGUGUUUUAAAAUGCCUCCUUCCACAGCAACGUCUAUAGCAAUUGCAGGAGAAUCAGAAUCUCUGCAUGAAGACAGAAAAGGCAGAGAAGACUUAAAAGUAGUACAGCUGGGUAUAGCAGAUGCUUCAUCAAAGAGUGCCUCAGUCCCUGAUGAAAUUGGUGCGUGCGGACAUUCCAGAACAUCAAGCUAUGCAAGUCAGCAGUCGAAACUGUCAGGAUACAGCACGUGUCACUCCAGAUCAGCCAGCCUGUCUGAACUCUGCCACAGGAGAAACGCCUCGGUAGGUAGUGCCUCAACAGGAAUUGGGAGUAUUCUAGAACCCUGUGAAGAGACUGAGACAAAAGGAACCGAUGCGGAUACAUCUAUUAAAGAGGCAUCGUCAGAAAAACUGUGCAGGUAUCCUGUAAAGCAAGACUCUGUGGAGUCGCAGCUGAAGAGGGUUGAUGCUACCAGAGUGGAUGCUGACGACGUAGUUGAAAAAAUACUGCAGAGUCAAGACUUCAGUUUAGACUCAAGUGCAGAAGAAGAGGGCUUAAGGUUAUUUGUGGGUCCUGGUGGAAGCACUUCAUUUGGAAGCCAUCAUCUACCUAACAGAGUGGGAUCUGGAGCAUACGAACAGGUAGUGAUAAAACGCUAGGCUAGAACGACUUGGCCGGAAGAGGAAGGCACAGAACUCUCACAGCAACAUUCUGAUUCAUGGUUCUUCAACUGCAAGAGAUGUGAAAGCCAGGAUGAAGUUUGUAUGAACUUGUUUUGGGAAAAGUAAUGGAAUGCCUCUUGCUCGGAGAGCUCCAUCUUCUACAAUAUCAAGGCAAUAUCUAGAUGUCCACAUGCUGUGCAAGUACUUGGACUGUUUCUAUAAGCUGUACCUGAUGUUGAAGUGAAUUACUUUGAAGUUGUCCCAUAAAUGUUUAGCAGCAUGAUUAAGUGGGUCCUAUUUCCAUGUUUUACAUAGCAGGUCACAUGCAGUUAUGUGCCCUGCAGCUUCUUUUCUAAACUAACUUCAGGAAGUCAUAAAUGAGCCCGUAGAAACGAACUAAGACUAGAUUUCAUUCUACCUGCCACUAAAGCCUUAGAAAAGCUACCUCUUUCUAUUAAGUCGAAGCUCCUAUCAUGUGAAGGUUAUGGCUUCCACAGAGCUCUGUUUUAAACAGCAAAAGUAUUGUCUUAAAAGUCUUCAGCAUCAUUUCCUUUUAAGGUCACGUGUUUAGAAAAGACUCUGUAGACACAUAUCAGCCAGUAAUAGGAUGUGUUAGUUGUAGUUGAUAUCUAGACGCUUACAUGUAGCAAAUGCACUGUGCAAGGGACAAAGUAGGAUACGCAAUGCACAGCAGUCGUUAUGAAGAACGCUGGUUGUUUCCCUUAGGAUUGGUAAGGAUGGAGUUCAGAAGCCCCUUAUGCAGAAACUUGCUUCUGUGCACAAACCCAGAGAUUCAGUGGGAUGGUGCCAUUUACAGACCCCAUCAGUAGUUUACUACCACCGUAACUCUUUAUUGUAGCUUAACCCUCCUCAGUUAGUGCUUUCCUAGUGUUCUGAAGGUGCCUUGAGGGAUAGGGAAGGUACAGAGAUAUUCAACCAUUUAGUAAGCGACUGAAGCUUUAAAACUAGGUAAGCAUCUGAACUACUACCAGUUUAACUUGUUAAGAUAAGCACUUUAUUGUAGACGUAUUCUGUGCUCUUAAAAAGAAUUACUGUGCAGCAAAUUUGCCUUUCGAUGUUGAACAGUUAUUCCUUCGCUAUCUGUCCACUGUUAGGUUAAGGACAAUGUACUGCACUUGAAUUUGUGCUAAUGGUGCUUUGCCUGCCAGGUGAGAAAGAGGAAUGAAGAAAGAGCAGGAUUAAAAUUGUCAGAAGGAAUUAUGGAAGAAUCCAUCUUUCUAAUGAAGUAGUUCCAAUGACACAUCUGCGGUUUGGGCUGGGAUCUGCUGUGUUCUUGAUUGCAAACUGCAGGUGACUCCUGUUCUAUUAGGACUGAUGGUAUUAUUAAUCAGUAAGGCUUAAAGAACGCAAAUAGCGUGGCCUUUUUUUUUUUUUUUAAAAGGAAGCUCCGAAUGCUUUUAGAUUCAUCCCAAACUGAAGUUUGGAGUCGUGCUAUUGAAGUAUAAGUAGGCCUUACUUAAUCAGUUGUAUUAGGGAAUAUCAGACCGUGUUUUCCAUAAAUACAUAGUAGUUAUUAAGUUCACUUGCGUUCAUAAGGAAGCUUCACAGUUUGAAGCUUGAGUAGUGUUACUGAAUGAGAUGAAUGAGUUAUUUCUCUAUUAUGGUACUUCAACACCUAUUUCCUACUGUAAACUGUUAUCUAAACAUUGUAAUGGGUAAAAAGAAUUCAUGCAAAUAUAUUAGCUGCUGUGUGAUAUUAUCUGAAAUUGCAGUGGAGAGAGGGAUGAACAAGCAGUCCCUAACUGCCAGUGUACUGUCUCUCAGAGCCGGAUAGUUUCUUAAUUUAUACAACCCAGGAAAAACUGCCACAGCCCACUGCAAGCCAGAAGAUGCGUGGGAAUUGCAUUGUGUUGCUUUCAGUGCUCCUAAACACUGCGACACUUUUGUGACCCAUCAGUAGGACCAGCAUUGGUUUGGUGUUAGGUGCUUUACGUUUACCAGGAAAACUAGGCACAGCCAGAAGGCAUAUAAAAACAAUGUAAUUGUGAAGGGAAAUUUCCAUAGCCCAGGUUGAUGUUUUAUGUUAAGAUCCACAGCUAACUGCCAUAGAUAAGCUAUUUGUAUACUGGAAACCCAUUAUUUUCUUGCAUCUACAGGUUUUUAUAAAUAGGAGAAAGUUUUACAUGGAAAUCAAGCUUGAAAUCAAGCUGUGAGCUGGCAUUUUAUUGUUUAUCUGCAACCCACAAUUCUUUACCAAGUUAUGCUAUUGUUGUGCAUAUUUUAGAUGGAACACAACCUUAAUACUUAAAUACAUGUUCCUUUUUUUGUAAACUGUGCUGUAAGAAUAUUGGACGCUCAUUUCAAACUGUUUGGGAUGUGUUUUCUAGCUGUACUUAAUGCCAGUAUCUCAGACACAAAUAAACCGAUGUUGCAUAGAA